GAGAACUGACUGGCUGGUGUGAGGAGCAGCCGUGACCACAGAGGUGGUGGAGAGAUGGCCCCCAGCAGCGACCUGCUUUCCUUUGUGAAUCCGGUUGUCCCCCUCUCUAGGGCCACACAAGGGGGCCUCCAGUAUGGACAUCAAAUCACUGUCAAAGGGAUGUUUCUUCAGUCCUGUGGAACCAGGUUUGCUGUGAACUUUCAGACCGGCUUCAGUGACAAUGACAUUGCCUUCCACUUCAACCCUCGGUUUGAAAAGGGCGGGUAUGUGGUCUGUAACACUAAGCAGAAAAAAUGGUCUAAGAAGGAGGAGAGGAUGAUGAUAAAUCCCUUCCAGAUGGGAGUUCCUUUUGAGAUCAGCUUCCUGGUGGAGAACUCCGGUUUCCAGGUGAAGGUGAAUGAAAAGGAGUUUACGAAAUACAUUCACCGCAUGCCCUUCCACCGCGUGGACACCAUCUCCUUCACUGGUGGUGUGGAAGUGAAACAGAUCAGCAUUGAGGACACCCGUACACCCUCUGUCCAGAAGAUGAUCUCUGAGGUGCAAUGCAACCCCAGUCCCUUUGGGUCACCUGAGUCGGAAGAGCAGAAACAAAAACCUCCAAGUUAUUGGCAGGCCAUCGAGGCUCCCAAUAAUCCUGUAAUCUCCCCAAUGGCAUAAUCAAGCCCCCCUGGGGGCCACCAUCUUGAAACAGCAAAGGCCAACCCUUUCCUUUGAAUUAGCCAAUCGCGAAAGACUGUGCGCCUGAGCUCCAAUCAAGAGAUGCAUCAGGGAUUACAGAGCCCAGCAGACCACCUGCUCGGUGUGUGCAUACCCUUCUGCAUAGAAAUAAAGAUGCUUG